GUGUGUAUAUAUAACUCUUUCCCACUUUUCCAACCCACCACCAUGUACGUUUCAAUCUUCCCAAUCCUCCAAAAUCUUGAAGAUGGCAUGUUUGAUAGCUUUAUUGGAAUUCGCAGCAUAAGAGAGUAGCAGAGUUUUGGUACUAGUACUUCUUCGUGUUGAUUGAGAGUUGCACUGUGCGUUACUGUGUGUGUAUAUAUAUGCAUGUUUGUUUGUUGGGGAGUGAAACUGAGAUUAGGGGUGUGUCUGGGAGAUCGGUUUGGGAAUGGGUUUUUCUUCUUUCAACCAACAAAGCAAGCUUGGGAUCAUGGAUGAGGAAGCUGUUGAAGUUGAUUCAGUUUCAUCUUCUUCCUCUGAGGUUUUGAGUAUGGUGUCUUCUGAGUCAGAUUCAAUGGAUCAGGAGGUGACUUCCUCGCCGUCCCCUUCCAUUUCUCCGCCGUCCGGCCAACUUGGGGCUGACUCUUUGCAUGACAUGUCCUCUCUCCUCCAACAACUUCCCUUCAAGAGAGGGCUCUCAAAGCAUUUCCAAGGGAAGUCACAGUCCUUCACUUCAUUGUCAAAUGUGAGGUGUUUGGCGGAUCUAGCGAAACCUGAGAACCCCUACAACAAGAGGUUGAAGUCAUGCAAAAGCUAUGCUGGAUUGUUAGAUCAGAGCCACAGAUCAUCACCAAACAACCCUCCAAGGAAUAAUGUUUCCUCAAGGCUCAUCUCAAAGAAGGCAUCAAGGGGCUCUUGUUCUUCACUUAGUGCAAAGAGGAAUGCUAGUUUCCUCGGAAGCAGACCACCCAUCAACAACACUCCCAUGAGAUCCACUAGUUCUAGCAACAUUUCUAAUCAAACCCCUUUGUUUGCUUGAAAUGGGUAUUUUAGUAAUUUGAACAACUGAGCCAAUCUUUGAUCUCUGUGUGUGUGUGGUACUUUUGUUUGUAAUUAAUAACCAUAUCACUUGACAAUGUAA